AUGGGAGGACGACACGGUGCACUCUCAACCUGGCUCGCCAGAACAUCGAUCACAAUGCAAGCUGAACCGGCCUAUCAGUGGUGGACACGGUGGAGAUUCUCAAGGCCCAUUCCGUGCCCUGUCCCCCUCUUCCUCCCAUCUUGUGAACGCCUGCCAGGCAAGCUGAACCGCGGCCUAUCAGUGGUGGACACGGUGGGGAUUCUCAAGGGCGGCUUUGAUAAGUUAUCAGAAGAUGAGGUCUUCAAAGCCAGUGCUGUUGGCUGUGGGUUUGUCUGCUGCUGCAUUGACUGUGUAUGGCUGCUGCAUCGCAUCAAAUGUGUAUGGCUGACAUGCACUGCUCUUACAAACUUCAAUGCUCUAUCCGCCCCACCCCUAUUGUGCAGCUGCAUUGUGCCCCCCCCAACCCCCCCCUCCUCCUCCUCCUCCUCCUCCUCCUCCUCCUCCUCCUCCUCCUCCUCCUCCUCCUCCUCCUCCUCCUCCUCCUCCUCCUCCUCCUCCUCCCUCCUUCUCCUCCUCCUCCCUUGUGCAAUUGCAAUUUUACUUUUGGUGACCCCGUGGAUCAACCUGAACUCCACCACCCGCCUUCCCCUCCGCUUCCCCCUCUUCUUCCCGCAUGUGCCCCCCUAUGCAUGUUCCCCCCUAUGCAUGUGCCCCCCUAUGCAUGUGCCCCCCUAUGCAUGUGCCCCCCUAUGCAUGUGCGGCUGCAAGGCUACUUCCCAGUGA